AUGUUGGCACCGCCCCUUCCACCCGCUCAUGUGGCUCCCCAAUCCGUCUUGCUGCCUUGCUCAUCCAUUUGGAUUGCGAUUGGUGGGGAGGACAGCGUGGCUGUGGACAACAUUGCUGCCGAGGUUAACGAACUGCUCCAGGAGGCCGGCAAGCAACUGACGCAAAGAGUGGGCACUAUCAUCAAUGGCAAGCUGGAUCGCGAUGGCCAUGCCAUCCAUACUGACGCGUACCUCAACCGCCAGAAUGCCAUCCUGCGAGGCUUUUUUGCUGCGUUGGCCUCGCCGAUUGCUCUGAGCGCUGUCCGUCAGCGCUUUCAGACGGAAGAUGUGCGACUGAGUGAUCUUGUCAGCGAGAUGAUUGCCUCGGGUGCUGUCACGGGAACGCUGGAGGGCAAGGGCGAGAAGGGCCGCUUCGUACCCGCCCUCUUUCAACAAGCGCAGCAGCAAUAUCUUGAAAGCUUCUUUUCCGCCAACAAUUAUAUCGAUGUGGUGGACUUGCCGCAAGCGGUGGCUGAGCAGGUGCAGCCACGGCUCCAGGCAUCCUUUGAGCAGAAGGUUGCGGAGGUUGUCGCCAGUCACGGUGACGAUCAAGUUGAUCAACGCAAGCUCCGGGAAGAGCUGAUCGGCCAAUACAGGUUGGAGCUGGUGGCGAAGCACAUCAACCGCACAUUGGGCUUGGAUGCACUGCAUAUCAUUGUCAAAUUCAUGGUGCGACUCGACCUGACGCCCUCCAGUCUGCUCAAACUUCAGCUGGACUGA